AUGUCUUCUUUCGGAAAGCUCUACACCUACCCGGUAUNNGGUAACCCCCGUACCACCGCCCUGCUGGCCGUCGCAAAGGCCAACAGCCUCAACCUUGACAUUGUUCACACCGAGCCUGCCAAGGGUGUCGAGACUGAGUACCUCAAGCUCAACAAGCUCGGCAAGGUCCCCACCUUCGAGGGCGCCGACGGCUACGUCCUCACCGAGUGCAUCGCCAUUGCCAUCUACCGUACGUUUCCCAAUCGCCCCGAACUCUACCCAGCCCACCUCCCCUGCAAUGAUGAGACAUAUUAUCAAACAGUUAUCCCUAACGAGAAGACCACCCUCCUCGGCAAGACCAAGCAGGACUACGCCUCCAUCCUCAGAUGGAUGUCCUUUGCCAACUCUGAGGUCCUCACCGCCCUCGGUGGCUGGUUCCGCCCCUUGAUUGGCCGUGACCCCUACAACAAGAAGUCCGUCGAGGACGCCCAGAAGGCCACCGCCAAGGCCGUCGGUGCCCUCGAGGACCACUUCCUCGUCAACACCUACCUCGUUGGUGAGCGCCUCACUCUUGCCGACCUCUUCGCCGCCGGCAUCAUCUCCCGUGGCUUCCAGUACUUCUUCGACAAGGAGUGGCGCAGCAACAACCCCAACGUCACCCGCUGGUUCGAGACUGUCACCAACCAGUCCGUCUACUCUGACGUUGCCGAGAAGCUCGAGUUCAUCGAGAAGGCCAUGCCCAACCAGGCCCCCAAGAAGGAGGCUGCCCCCAAGGCCGAGAAGCCCAAGGAGGCCCCCAAGCCCAAGGCUGCCGCUGACGACGAGGAGGAGGCCCCUGCCGCCCCCAAGGCCAAGCACCCCAUCGAGGCCCUCGGCCGCCCCACCUUUGUUCUUGACGAGCUCAAGCGCAAGUACUCCAACGAGGAGACCCGCGAGGUCGCCCUUCCCUGGUUCUGGGAGAACGUCAACUUCGAGGAGUACUCCCUCUGGAGAAUGGACUACAAGUACAACGAUGAGCUCACCAUGACCUUCAUGACCUCCAACCUCAUCGGCGGCUUCUUCACCCGUCUCGAGGGCUCCCGCAAGUACAUCUUCGGUGCCGCUUCCGUCUACGGUACCUCCAACGACUCGAUCGUUCGCGGUGCUUUCCUCGUCCGUGGCCAGGAGGCUCUCCCCGCCUUCGACGUCGCCCCUGACGUCGAGUCGUACGAGUUCACCAAGCUUGACCCCAAGAACCCCGAGGACAAGAAGUUUGUCGAGUCCAUGUGGGCCUGGGAUGAACCCAUCCAGCCUGAGGGCAAGGAGUGGGCGGAUGGUAAGGUGUUUAAGUGA